AUGCCCGCCCAAGAAGUUCAAAUAAGUAUUGCCGAAGUCAUUGAGGUUCGAGGUUAUGGUCUCAAUGCACCGGAAUUAUUGUCAGUGGCUGUAUCAGCAUCAGAUCGACUUCCGCCAUGUCCGAAGGGGACAGUUUUCGAUACAGAAAAUGUGUUUCUAAAUAGUAAAGGACAGAUAGAUAUCAAAACAGUUCCAACUUCUCGAGUCGAUCGAUCAUUUGUACCUCCAGAAUGGGCAAAAGGAGAAGAAGAUCCAAUGGCAGCUGCUGUUUAUUGCUUAGGAGCUGUUCUACGAGCAGCCGGAGCUGAAGAAGCUGCUGAUGUUGAUCUAUUUUCACUUGUCAACAUUCUAACCGUUGCAAUGACUGGAACGAGACCGACUGCGCAUAGAAUGGGUCAAAUGGCGAGAAAUCAGUUACGUGGCAGAGAUCCAGCAUCCAUGCUUAUGUGUGUCUAUGAAGAAUUGAUGGGAGAUGAAGAAACAAAUCAGAUCGAUGUCGGUGACCUUGAUGAUUUGGAUGAUGAUUUCCUUUCAACAAAUGGAAUGGAACGACACGAUUCUGAGAUGACGGGUCAAGUUGUUUUUAGUGGAAAUAACAACAUGAAAAGAGCUGUUGAAUAUUUCGAAGAUGAUAAUCGAGAUGAUGCAUUAACAUCAACGUCAUCUGGAAACAGUACUCAGAAAGAGUCUUCGCCGUUUGCUGAUUUCGAUGAGAAUCCACCAGUUCCGUCUCGAGUAAAUCAAGUGAAUGAAUCCAGAAGAGAAGACACUUCUUCGCCUGUUCAAUUCCUUGAUUCUUCUCUCGGAGGAAUCGGAUCCCCGAUAUCACAAAGUACGAGAUUUGAUGAGACAUUCAUCGAAGAAUAUUCGAUUGACUUGGAUACUUCUGGAAAGAAUACUUCACAACCAGGACCUAAAUCUCCGUUUGAUGACAACUUCACGGAUACUUCAGCUUCUACUGUUCCAACUGUUAAAGUGAAAGAGGAAACUCGACCGCAUCCGAAUCCAUUCGACGAAGAGGAGGAAGAACACUCACAGUUUGGAGGAGGAACUCUUUCCGGAAGAGAUCCUUUCGAUGAAGAUUCUGGAAAUUCGAAUCGCGAAAAAGUUGAUGUCCGAGAGAAGAAAUUCCACAAAAAAGAGCAGCUGGUUCAUAGAUUGUCAUCAUCAUCUGAAGAAAUUGUCGAAGCAUCGAUUCAUGAAGAUGAACCGAUUGUGAUGGCUCAAAUUCCAGAAGAAGAAAAACCGAAACCAAAGCCAAUUCCUGCUUUCGAUAAUGCAUAUGAUGCAGAUUUCGAUAAUUCUCCACCUCUUCAUCACUAUUCGGCAGUUCCAAUGGAGACUGGUUUAUCGCCAUUAGAAGAAGCUCAAAGAGCACUACGAGCGAAUAGAGCAAGGCAUAAACCAUCAAAUGUUUCAUUGGCAGAGGAUGCUAAAUUGGCAGCCAGACAGCGAUAUUCGAAUGCGUCCGAUUAUAAUGAGACUAAGAAAAUGAAAAAAGAUGGAGAGGAAGAACAAGAGGAAAUUGAUGAGACCGAUGAAGUUCCACUUCCAGUUCCUGCUCCGAUCAUUCCAGUUUUAAGGCGAGAGCAAUCUGAAGAAGAACCGAAAUCAGUUCGACCACCACGAUAUCGAAAAUCAAGAGAAAUCGAAGAGCCAGUUGUUGUAGAGAAACCAUCAAGAUUUGAAGAAGUUGAAGAAGCAGAAGAAAAAGAAGAUAUUGAUGCUCUUUUUGAGAAAUAUAGAAAGACUUCCGGAACGAUCGAUACAAAAGGUCCCACUCCGAUUCUCACUGCUGAUGAAUACAAGGAGCCACAGAAACAAGUGCCUGCUCCUGUCGUCGUCGCCCAAGAAUCGCCGAUUCUGAAAAGAAGAAACUCGUUAGUUCCGUCACGUAUCAGUGGAAGACAGUCAACGAGAAGAAGUGUAACGAGUGUUAGAAGUAUGCGAGGAAAACGAAAGACUCGUGCGAUUCCUGAAUUCUUCGAUUUGACACGUCAUCAGAACAUUCGACUUCGUGCUCCAAGACCGAAGAAGAAGCUCUUGAGCCUUCAUAGAGUCGAGGACACUGAAGUGGUUGUAGAGCUCUUGAACGGGCAAAAAGUAGAAGUGAUGUGCCGUUCUGACGUCAUUUCUCGCGACAUAUUCUCACUGAUUGUUCAGAAUAUGAACAUCAAUGAGCACGUUUUCUUCGGUCUUUCAUUCCUUCGGGAUGGUGAACAUUAUUUCAUCGAAGAUCAUCAGAGACUUGAAAAGUUCGCACCGUCCGGAUGGAAGAGUGUUGCCAGAGUCGGUGUCAAAGUACCCUAUGUACUACAUCUUCGUUUCAAAUUUUAUCCACAAAUUCUUGAUUUCAUCAAAACUGAUGUGACGAUGAAUGAACUGUAUCUACAAUGUAGAAGAGAUAUACUCGAAGAACGAAUUCAACCAAAACGAGAUGCUGCAUUCGAGCUGGCUGCUCUUGCUCUCCAGGCCGAAUUUGGAAAUCGUCCCCCGCCAGUGAUCACAGAUUAUUUCGAUAUUCAACACUAUCUUCCAAAGAAGUAUAGUUCCUUUGAAGAUCAAACAAGACUCAAGAACAUUCUGGCUGAGUUGCACGGUCAUUAUGCGGGAACAAGAAUAUCAGAAGCAAAGCAUAAAUACAUUCAAAUCUGUCAAAGACAUCCUGAUUUCGGAGCACACAUUCAUCGCGUAUUUCGAACGAAACCAACUUCACUACAUGGCUCUUCUCCAUUUGAUCCAGAUACUGGAUCUUCUUUAUGGAUUGGAAUCAUGCCACGUGGAAUUUCGAUUUAUGAACAGCAGGGAGGAGCCCGUGAGGUGAUCGCAGAGCACAUAUGGCCACAAACGCAAACUCUUCAAUUUGACAAAAAACGAUUUGUGAUUGUGGCAGUUGGAACACACGAUCAACAAAUUGAGAGUACAUUCUACACAGACCAUCAUUCAAAAUCCUCCUAUUUUGUGCGAUUUGCUGCUUCUCAACAUCGAUGGAUGAUGAAAAUGCGUCAAUGGAAAAGCACUCUUCGUCAUGAAAACACAAUUUCUUCUAUGCCUGAUGUUAUUGUGGAAGGACAAGCUAUUCCACCAGCACCUAUUCGUCAAUCGUUACAAGAGUCUCCGCCAUCAACUCCACUGCUCGACUCUGCUGAUAAACUCUUCACCAAAUUAUCAUCAAAUCCAGAGAAACCUGCCAGUCGUCCAAUUGAAAUGCCACCUCCAGCUCCAUCGAAGCUUGCUCAGUAUGAUACUGUAGAUGAAGGAAUCGUUUGCGAUUCACAAGCUGAAAACUUCGAGCGUGUUAGUCCGAGCACUAACGGAAACGUCACUCCGCGUGCCAUGCAAUUCGAUGUUCUUCUAACAAAAGACCCAGCCAAUGGACUUGGCCUCACUCUUGUCGACGGAAAUCUGAAUGGCGUUCCAGGAGUUUAUGUGAAACUUGUGGCUGAUAAUGGUGCUGGAAUGAAAGCAGUGAGUUUUUAA